GGUAGGCUAUCCGGAGAAUAAUGGUGGUGUCACUAGUAAAAGCUUGUUCUGGAACUAAAUCUAGAUAUAAUUACUUGUUUCCAAUUCAAUGUAUGUCGAAUUGAGUUGAAAGUGUCAGGUUAAUAUAAGCAUGUGGAACAUCAUACCUGUAAUUGUGAUACUUUUAAUUUUGCCAACAUCCACAGAAGGAUGUGAUACACAAAGAAAAAUCUUUGUUACUUUAAGAAACAUAACACUUAAAGAAAACAGAGACUAUCUCAUAGAAAAUGAGAACCUGCAAACCAAUGGAUCUAUCUAUAUUGACAAGCUUUACGACAUCAAUGCCAUACAAGCGAUAUGUAAAAUUCUACACGGAGACACAAACGAAACUCUAGAAGAGUUGGACGCUUUCUUCAUUAAGGACUGUGCUACAAUGCAGAAGAACUCUUCAUUCUACUGCAUUCCUAACGGAAGUAACUUUGACGUUUUCUUAAAUAUAAAAGCAAAAAGAAUAUUCAGCAACCAUAUAAUGAGUUUGGAGUUAAAACUAACAGAUAGAAAUUGCAUUAAACAUAGCAAUUCAAUUACUGUUCCGACAAUUUAUGAAAGUUCAGAAAACAACAGUACCAUGUCAACCACAGAAAACAACAGUACCAUGACAACUACAGGUAGUCAUCAGAAUAAGAGCGGUUGGUUAUCGUGGCAUUACGUUUUAAUUGUCAUAGUGUCAGUAGCUUUUUUUGCUGCUGCUGUUGUUGUUUCCAUCUUACUCUUGCGUCGUUACAAACAGUAAGUGGAUUUGUCGAAC